AUGGCACCACCCCAAAAGCCGGAGACUUUCAUGCUCUCUACAGAAGCGCAGCAUAAUCUCCCGCAAGAUGCGCAGGUCGCCCUGCAACAAGUAGACAACCUGAAAUAUUUCCUUCUGUCAGCGCCCGUGGAUUGGCAACCCGAUCAGUUGAUCCGUCGUUUCUUGCUUCCGACCGGCGACUAUGUCUCUUGUGUCUUAUGGAGCAAUCUUUUCCACAUCUCCGGCACCGAUAUCGUUCGAUGCCUCGCAUUUCGAUUCCAAGCAUUCGGUCGCCCAGUUAAGAACUCGAAGAAGUUUGAAGAGGGUAUUUUCUCCGAUCUACGAAAUCUUAAAGCUGGCACCGAUGCUACUUUGGAAGAGCCAAAGAGCGCAUUCCUCGAUUUCUUGUACAAAAACAACUGCAUUCGGACUCAGAAGAAGCAGAAAGUGUUCUACUGGUACAGUGUGCCACACGAUCGGUUGUUCCUAGAUGCGCUGGAGAGGGAUUUGAAACGCGAGAAAAUGGGCCAGGAAGCGACCACGGUCGCCGUGAGCGAACCAGCCAUGUCCUUCGAAUUCGAUUCGUCCCAGUCCCUCUACGAGCAACUGACCAAAGCACAACAAGCGAACUCGUCCUCGUUUGCUGCCCACGCAAGUACGACAUAUGGCCAGCCCAACUCUCCCGUGGUUCGGACCGUUGACGCAAUGCCUCCUCCGCAGAUGGCUCCUCCCCCAGCGAUUCCACUUCUCCAGGACGAUUCGCCCCAUCCGACGAUGUACAGCAAUCCCCCGAUACCCUUGACGAACAACCUGGUUCAGGGGAUUAUUAAACGGGAGCAAGAUUACGGAAUCCAGUAUGACCGCAACGGAAUGCCCAUCGCCCGUGUCCACCAGCGCCAUUCCUCCAUGCCGACUUUUUAUGAGUACUCCCCCGCGCCAUCCUUCGUGUCGUCCCAUUACGAGGAUUACAGCAACCGCGGCCUGUCGUUUGAGCCUGUGACCCCUCCUCAACAUGCGGUCGGCCUUGGUGCGGAGCCCGCGUACAUUGCCAAUGAGGACACGGGCCUGUAUACUGCGAUUCCGGAUCUCUCUCAUGCGGCCCCUUACAACCCGAUGAUGCAGCUUCCGCCAUCUAACUUCGCCAACGGUCAUUACCAGUCCUCUUCGCGAUCUUACCCGUCUAACCCAUACUCUGUCAUUGAAGGGUCGCCCACGUACAAGCAGCGGCGACGUAGACCAUCAAUAACUCCGGGUCCUUCUAACGGUGGCACUCCUGGUCUCCAAACUACUUCUGUUGGACAGACUCCCAACUAUGCGGCCCACAAACCCAGUGACCUUCGUCGCUCGGUUUCAAGUUCUGUGGCUCCUGCAUUGGAGGGAGAUGAGACUGGUCACGAUCUCUCUCGGGCUUACCCGAGCGUUAUGCUUCCUCAGAAGGAUUUACUGCGGGAAAUUUCGCGCCACGGUACCCCACUCCAGCAUCUGGACAGCAGUGUUGAGCCACAGCCAGUUCCCAUGUCAAACCCGCAUGACGACUUGGCGGCGCUUCCAACCAGUGGUGCUAUUGAGACCGCCGUUCAAAAUAGCACUAGUCGGUCAGAUCGCUCAGCCCCUGGUCCCGCUCGUCGGGCCCGGAGUGCAACAAUGAUGGAGCUGGGUCCAUACCCACAAAAAUCUCACUCAUGCCCGAUUCCGUCAUGUGGCAGACUCUUCAAGCGUUUAGAGCAUCUUAAGAGGCACGUGAGGACUCAUACCCAAGAACGUCCAUACCCUUGUCCGUACUGCAGCAAAGCUUUCUCCCGAUCCGACAAUCUGGCACAACACCGCCGAAUCCAUGAGGCUCAACAAGACGGCCAGCCCGCUGUUGCCACCGAGGAUGACCUUGAGCAUGAGGAACACGAGUUCGAAUCUGCUGGUGAAGACUCGUCCCCGCCGGCUCCGGAGCCUGCUCCUACUCAUCAUCACGCUCAUGCUCACGCUCCUCACAUGGUCAACAUGCCUGCUAUGCCUGCCAUGACCUCCAUGGCCGCACCAAUGAGUAUCCCUUCUGCGGUUCCAACCAUGGCUGGGACUCAUAUGAUUGCCCCCCCAGCUUCUGCAACAGCAGAUGUAGAUUGCCUCUUGGGCAUGUUGGGGGUCAACGAAUCCUUGGACGCACUAUAG